CAGGUGGCGUCCUGCUGGCUGCUGCAUUCCGGCCUCCUGCCUGGAUGUGCGCACUCGGGGGACCACGUCGCUGUCGGGGUGUCCACGGAGAGGAGGGCGGGAAGGGCGCGGAGCCACUGCCGGGGUGUCCUGGCAGAAUAAUGCGUUCGGGGCGCCCUCUCGUUGGAAGCUGUGGCCACACUCUGAAGUGACUCAUCAGCUUUGAGACGGUUGUUCUUGGCAUCACUGUUGAGCAGGCAGUGGGCAGUGUCACCUUUUGUUAAGUUAUGGUGAACCGUCAACCCAGGUUCUGCCGCUCAUGGACUCGCGGGGCCUCUCCUGCCCCUGCUAGAAGUGUCACACGGCCGUCACCCGCAGUGACUCUGGUGUCUCCAGGUAGCGUGUGGCGGGCUCUGGACAGGAGACUCCAGGACCCCGUGCAGCUGCCUCCGUCCUCUGUGCUGAACCCCAUCGCCCCUCCUAGCGCCGCCUCCAGAGCCCUCAUGCCUCUGUGAGAGCAGCGACAAUGGACCAGUCUCUGGCUGCCGGCCCUGAGAUGAGAAAUGUUCCCUCAGAAGGGACGGUGUCAUUUGAAGAUGUGGCUGUGAACUUCACGUGGCAGGAGUGGCGGUACCUGAGUGAAGAUCAGAGGACCCUGUACUGGGAUGUGAUGCUGGAUACCUGCAAUCACCUGGUGUCCCUAGGGCACUGUGUUACCGAUCCUAAGGAGAGCAUCAGGUCGGAGCAGGGAUUACAGUUGUGGACUGUGGAUGAUCCCCCAAACCAGGACCACUCAGGUCGUAUCCUCUUAAGUUCCUGGGCGAUGCUAUGCCUGUCCACAGCAGCUGUCUAUCUACAUGGCACACUGCAUGUUUUGUGGUUUGCCAGCACUGCUAAAUAUAUGAAAAAUAUUCCCUAUGUUAAUGAGGUGUCAAGUGAUGAAGCUCUCCCGAAGAGAUACAGGAAGGAAAUCAUGGACCUUAAAAAGCAGUUAGAGGAGGUUUCUUUAGAGACUCGGGCCCAGGCAAUGGAAAAAGACCAAUUGGCUCAACUUCUGGAAGAAAAGGAUUUGCUUCAAAAAGUACAGAUUGAGAAAAUUCAAAACUUAACACGGAUGCUGGUGACUUCUUCUUCCCUCACCUCACAGCAGGAAUUAAAGGCUAAAAGAAAACGAAGAGUCACUUGGUGUCUUGGAAAAAUUAACAAAAUGAAAGACUCAAACUAUGUCGAUGAAUUUAAUGUGCCGGCAAAUGUUACAACAAAAUCACAAAGAGCUACUCAAACUGUCCUGGGAGAAAUCGAUGAAUCUCUCUGUUCAGAGUCUGAUGUUUUCAGUAACAUACUUGAUACAUUAACUGAGGUAGAGUGGAAUCCAGCAACAAAGCUACUAAGUCAGGCCCAAGAAUCUCAAGAAAAUCAAGAACUGUCCUUCAGCAUGGAAGAAAAAGGCAGUGAGACUGAGACAACAACGAGUGAGGAGGGGGCAUCAGAGGCACCAUUCAGAGUCGAGGGUGCAACUCUCCCGGAGUUGGGGGCAGGAAGGCUCAGCUUGUCACAGGGGCUGCAGGAAGCCCUUCAGACUGAAAGUGACCAACUCAGAGAGAACUUGGGAGAGGUCACAGCUAAACACCAAGAAACGGAAAAGGAACUGAGAAUUGCUCAUCAUCACCUGAAAGAACAUGAGGGAACCAUUCAUCAGCUGAAAGUGGCUCUUUGCGAGAGGGAAACCGAACUGUCAAGCAUGCAGAAGGAACUAGAAACAGCCCACAAUGAAUUAAAGAAAAAGGUCCAAGAGCUUCAUGAGAAACAAGAACAACUUACUACCAUCAAAGAAAGCAGUGAGACUCAGGAGAAAAUGAGCCACGUGGAGCAGUUAGAGGAGCUUCUUAAGGCCAGAGAUGCAUCACUACAUCGUGUGGAAGGCGAGAGGCUCGAGCUGAUGGAGAGGCUUCAGGAAAGUCAAGAAGAAAUAAAAAUUAUAACUAAGGAAAGAAAUGAACUGAAGGGCGUGCAGGAGGCCCUGCGAAAGGAGAGAGACCUGCUCAAGGAAAAUAUUGAAGAAAUCAAAGCUAAAGGACAGAAAAUCAAAGAGGAGCUAAAAAACUAGUGUUCUUCUGAUGGAGUCCCAAGAAACUAUUGAUGCAGAGACCCUGUCAGAGGAGACGGACCAAGAGGCGGGGUCUCCAGGAGACCUGGAUGCUGGAUUACAGGGCAGAACCCAGGAACGUCAGCCUGUGGAGGGUGCAGCUGUCAGCGAGGCUUAGGCCACAGAGUGUGAAGUGGAGCGGCUGACGCAGCAACGCGAGACCCAGACGUCUACUCUGGAGGACACAGAGACGGAGAAGCUGCACAAACACUUAGAAGAAAUGAAGUCUGUUUGCAAAGAAACAGAUGACCUCCGGAGUCUGCAGGAGAUCCUCAGAGCAGAGAGGGACCAGUUCCAGGAGAGCCUUCGGGAAGCUGUGUGCAGGGUGGAUCUCCCCAACCCUGAAGGGGAGACAGCCCAGCUGGGAAGCCAGGGGAGGGUCUCACUAAGACCUUCCAAGUGUUGUGCAUGGACCCGGAAAGUGCCAUUGCAGCUGUGUGUCCAGCAGCGUCAGCACCACUGUGCAGGGCUGUGUGGAAGGGUCUCUGCCACAGUGAGGUGCAGUGACCAGUAAAGCAAACCUGGACAAGGGGACAUGCUCAGUGUCUGUGGUAGGGCUGCUUAGAUUGGGGCCACAGGUUGAAGCCAUGGUUAACAGGCCAUGGGUGAGGGGGCUCGGGCACUAGGUGGUCCUGUCAAGGAAGAAAGGGCGGGUGCGGGGCUAUUGACCUCUCCAGGUCACUCAGAGGAGGGGCUCAGUUAGGACAGCUCCUUCGUACACAGCUUGAAUUGUGUUUAUCUUUCCCAAUAACCAUCAAGGACCUGGAAAUACAAGAGGAACUAGAAACUGCUCGCAUGAGUCUGAAAGAACAGCAAGAAACCAUUGAUAAACUCCGAGGGAUGGUUUCAGAGAAGACAGAUGAAAUAUCAAGUAUACAAAUGGAUUUAGAAAACACAAAUUCUUUCUUAAAAUCACAGGUCCAAGAACUCCAGGAAAAAGAACAUCAACUUCUUGAGGCAAAACAUUGUCUCACAGAAAAUAUAUACCAAACAGAGCAACUGAGGAAGGAAAUGGAGGCCCAGAACUCUACCCUGGGAGGUCUAGAAGCAGAGAAGUUACGGUUGACACAGAAACUUCAUGAAAACCUUAAAGAAAUAGAAUUUAUCACCAUGGAAAGAGAUAGCCUGAGAAGAGCAGAGGGGGCGCUCCAGACAGAGCAGGAACAGCUCAGGGAGAGCCUCCGGGCAGCCAAGACCAAAGUGAGUCCUUCUCAUCGUUUUACUAGGGAGGAGGAAAAUAAUUUCUCGUGGAUGUAUUGAUCGAACAAAGUGAGGAAAGACAUGAAGGAUGGUGCAAUCCACCUGUUCUGCUCCCUACUCUGUUCUCUGGUGAAUCCUCUCACCCCUCCCAUACCUCUGGCCUGCACCCCAGCUCUUGCAUGCAUAAUAAAAUCAAUAAAAAGCAAAGGACUGUAUUUGUGUACAUGUGGUUCUGAUGACUUGCAGUAAUUGUGAAGCAUAUGUGUGUAACUCCCUAAAGAAAGAAGUAACGGUGAAAGACUAGGUAAGAAAUAAAUUAUGUGUGUUUGUGAGAACAAGUAAGGAAAAAAGAAACCGAUUGUGUGUUCAUGUGACACAAGGUAGCAAACAUAGUACCCACAUAUGCGUGUGACCCUUUGGGGAAUGAAGCACCUGUGUAAGUGUGUGUAUGUUUAUGUGAAUACACAGAGAAAGUAGGUGGUUGUGUGAGACCAGGGGAAAAAUGGAGUCGCUGGUAUGUUUGCAUGUUACUAAGUGAGGAAUGAAGGAACUGUGUGUCUCUGUGUGAGGAAUGAACAAACAUACUGGAUGUGUGCAUGUGGUAAGUGAGGAAUAAAACAUCAUGCGGCUAGGCAAAAAAUCAAGAAAUUGAUUGUGUGACUAGGUGAGGAGUGAUUCUGAAUGUGUGUUUGUGGUGAGAUGAGGUAACAAAUGAGGUCACUGUGUGUUAUUGUGCUUAACUUCAAAGGUAAGGGAUGAGGUGAUUUUGCAUGUGCAGGUGCCUGUGACUGUGUGUGAUUGUUGGGUGAGAAAUAGUGAUUAUGUUUAUGUGUGUAAAAACAGGUGAGAAAAAAGUGACCAUGUGUAUGUGUGAGAGACAAGGUGAGCAAUGAGAAACUGUCUAUAUGUGUGAGUAGGUAAGGAAUGAAGUAAUGGAUGGGGUAUGUGUUCACAGAUGAGGAACAUAACUGACUGUGUGUGUGGAAGGUGACACAGAAUGAGGUGACUGAGUGUGUGUGGGUGGACCAAGAACAGGAGUGGAGUAAAGGAUGAUACAUCCUUUACUGUGUGUGUCCAGGUGAGAAAUCAAGUAAUGGCAAGUGUGGGUGAACGAGUCGGUGAGAAAAAGUCAGGAUAUAUUGACACGUGUGGGCACGACAAGGUGAGAAAUAAAUACUUGUGUGUCAGCGUGUGAGAAGUUAUGUGUGUGUGAAUGUGUAUCUGAUGAGACCAGGUGAGAUGGGAACAAAACAACUGUGUGUGGGAGCGAGGUCACUGAUGAAGACUGACUGUGUGUGUGUCACUAGGUUCACUUUUCCUUCCCCUCUUCCUCCUCUUUACCUCUGUACUUACCUCCCCUCACCUUUUCCUCGCUACUCCUUACCUUUUUUCCACAGGGUCCAAUGUAGUCUCAACACCACAGUAUUGACUGCGCCUUACCUCUUUUCAUGGAGUCCAGUGCAGUCCCAACACCAAAGUGCUGUGGUGCCUCUGCUGAGGCCUCAGGAAACCAGCUCCUCUGUGUGGGCAGAGCCAGGGCCCCUGGCAGAUGACCAUGCACGGCAGGGAUCAAAGUGGCUCCGGGUGCUCCGUGGGGGGUGGGUACAGUAGUAUGCACAGCAUUCACAGUCCCCACCCCAGAAUUUCUACUUCAAUGUCAUGAAAGGAUGGAAAUUCAAACAAAAAGGGAAGCAACUUGAUACAUCCAAUAAUAAUGAUGGAGUGACGAAUUGUGAAACAAUGGGAAUGAAAUGAAUGUGAACACAACUUACAACUUACACCAAAUAUCACCAAAAUUAUACAUAAGCAAACAAAAAUGGUCAACCAUAAUUAUUAAUAAUAGCAGAAAACAGAAUAAAUGAAUAGUGUGGACUUCAGAAUAUCAAAUAUUUUCUGUGAAUAUUUUUUGUGAAAGGACAUGUUCAGAGAACCACAAGCCAAGAAGAAAAGUGAAGCAAAUUUGCAAACCACGAAUCUGAACAGACAUCUCACCAAAAAUAUACAGAUAAUAAAUGGGCGCACAAAAUAUAUUCGUUGUCAUGUAUAACUAGGGGAUUGUUAAUUGGAACAAGGAAACAUCACUACAAAGAACUGUUAAGCUCCCAACAUCACUUUACCAGUUGACACACUGCUGGAGGGUGAGAACAGCAGGAAGACCCCUUCAUUGCCGGUGGAAUGCAUGGGCAGAUGCUUUGGAGGGCAGUUGGGCAGUGUUUCCCAAAGACAAAAAAAAAAUCUCACCUUCAGAUUCAACAAUCAGGCCUCCAGUAUUUAGACAACCACCUUGAAAAACUAUGUUCAAACAAAAUCUAGCAUGUUAUUAUGUGCAGAUGCUCUAUUCAUAAUGGCUAAAAUCCUUUCUCAAAUCAAGAUGUCCUUUAAUGAAGAGUGCAAAAGCAAACUGUCAUUCCUUCAGGGAAAGGGAGCAGAACGUGACCCCACAGAAGCCUCUUUGGCAUAAGACCACUUGACAACCAUAAUAUGAAUGCAGAGCCUGUCUCAUUGGUGUCAGGAUUAUUUGGGGUCUAUUUUUAAAAACAGCAGUUUGGGAGAAUCUCUCAAAAACAAGAAGUUGCCCCUCUGUGAGAGUUGCACACUCAUAAGGGAAAUCACCAGUCCUGAGGUUGUCUGCUCUCUACCAGGAACAGAAGAAUAACAAAUUCAAACCAAGCCACCAACCUCAUCCAUGGCAAGCUCUGGGCAUUCAUCUAAAGAACAAUGACUCCCUGGCUGAUUUUUCUUUGCAUGAUCACCUUCCAUGGCUUUCCCCCUCUCCUGACAUUUUCCUGUUUUGUUUUUACGUGAGGAUGGCACAGAGACUGAUCACUUGGGCCCUUCUAUGGAGUUAUUAGGUUUCCCCUGCUAUCCCUCAUGUAUAUAAGAAAUAUAAAUGUUAGGAAAGUUCAGUUUGCUUUUUCUCCUAUAAUCUCUCUUGUAUGAUAGAGGAUCUCAUCUAAGAUCUUAGAAUAGUACAGGCAAAAUUAUUUGGUCAUUCAAACAUGCAUGAAUAAAAUUCAGCAACAGGAACAAAUGAACCAUCAACCACUGUUGGAGGGAGGAUGGGACAUUUCUCUCUACCCCUCCAGCUGAAAAGCCAUCCGAUGAACAGCAGAUGGAUUAGUUGGAAAAACAACAAAUUCAAGGACACAACUACGCACUCAUUCAUGUUCACCUCAUACCAGGCCCCAAAUCCAUGCUCGCAAAACAAUGCAAAUCAGAAACAGAACAUAUGCUCUCACCAUAACCCUAGAUCAUGACUAUCAUCUUAGUUAUCAUAAAGCCUAAGCAUCAUGCACAACAACCCUCACCCUUACUCAAAUUAUUACCUGAAUUCCUAACCAAAGAAAGUGACCCUAUUUUUCUAAACCAGUAACACCCAACUAUAAUCAGUCGAAUCAAAAAAAAAAAAAAAAUCAUCACAAGAACAGAAAACUAAAGACCUGGACCUUUCAGGCUAGGAAUCCUCCACAAAAUAACAACAGGAAACCAACAGCCCAUUAAAAGGUGGAUACACUACAAACAAAUGUCUAUCCCAGAAAGUCCAGUUGUUAACAUACUAAAACCAAGACAUGCAACGAACCCAUGGAUUGUAUGAGGAACAAACAUGGAUCAUGUCAAGUGAUUCAGAAAACUCUUUCUGAAAAAAUCCAGUACCCUUCCAUGAUACAAUCACUCAAAAAGCAGGAAUAAAGGAAAGUUUUUCAAUAGA